GGCUGAGGGCGAUGCUGACGCGGGGAGUCGGGCGCUGGGCUUAGCCGCGCGUAGACAUGGACGAGCCGCGGGGAGAGCGCUCCUGCUGCCGGCGCUACCCCGAGCUUCCCGUGUGGGUGGUGGAGGAUCAUCAGGAGGCUCUUCCAUUCAUAUACCGGGCCAUAGGUUCAAAGCAUCUUCCUGCCAGUAACAUACGUUUGGUACAUUUUGACUCACAUCCGGACCUCCUCAUUCCUGUGAACAUGGCAGCUGACACUGUGUUUGAUAAGGAAACACUCUUUGGAGAAUUGAGUAUUGAAAACUGGAUUAUGCCUGCAGUUUAUGCUGGCCAUUUCUCUCAUGUAAUAUGGCUUCAUCCCACGUGGGCUCAGCAAAUAAGAGAGGGCAAACACCACUUUUUAGUAGGCAAAGACACUUCAACCACAACAAUCAGGGUUACAAGUACAGAUCAUUACUUCCUAAGUGAUGGCCUUUUCGUACCUGAAGACCAGCUAGAGAACCAAAAGCCACUACAGCUGGAUGUGGUUCUGGUAAAGCCUUAUACAGUCUGUACGAAUCAAGACGAAAAUGCCUCCGUGUCUUCUGCAAAGAAACCCAAGCUAGCACUGGAAGACGGAGAGAAGACCGCCCCUGCCGAGUGUGACACUGACUCAGAAGGACUGGAGCAGGACACAGCGCCACAGAGAAGUGACCACGCUUGCCGCCAGCCAUCCCAUUCGCGUUCCUGUGCUGAAACUGAGCAGUGCCAAAGCUCAGCCACCACUGAGGAAAUCCUAGAAAUCUUGAAGAAUGGCAAUGCAUUUGUUUUAGAUAUUGACUUGGACUUUUUUUCUGUCAAGAAUCCCUUCAAAGAAAUGUUCACUCAGGAGGAAUACAAAAUUUUACAAGAGCUUUACCAAUUCAAAAAGCCUCGUAGUGACCCAACUAAGGAAGAUUUGAUAGAUACUGUUGACGCUCGAAUUCAUCAAUUAGAAGAUUUAGAAGCAACUUUUGCUGAUUUAUGUGAUGGUGAUGAUGAAGAGACUGUACAGAGACUGGCUUCAAACCCUGGAAUGGAGUCACUCGUUCCACUCAUAAAGAGUUUGAAGAAGCGAAUGGAAGUACCUGACUAUGAAAUGGUUCACCAGGCUGGUCUAACUUGUGAUUAUUCAGAACUUCCUCACCAUGUCAGCACAGAAGAAGAAAUUGAAAAUCUUAUUCAAUCUGUAUAUUAUUUACUGAAAAAUUUGCCAAAACCUACUCUUGUGACAAUUGCAAGGUCAAGUCUGGAUGAGUACUGUCCUUCUGACCAAGUCGAUGCCAUUCAGGACAGGGUCCUCGGGGCGCUGCGCUCCCUCUAUGGGCCUUUAGACACUCACCUGGUGUACUCGGCAGAGUCGCCGCCAUCUUGAAGCAGACAAAACACCGGCUCCUUUGCAUCUUGGUAGAGCGAUGGGACUUUUAUGAAUUUAUCUGUGCGUCUUCCAGAGAACACUCUCUUUGUUAACUUUCCAUUGGAAUUGUUCAAAUACUUAGAAUCUCCAGACCAAUGGCAUCAGCUGUGGCAUGGCGUCCCUUCAAGGUGAGAGGCACUUGUUUAGCUUGGUUUUACACGUCAAGUAAGUCUAUUAACCUCAAGUUAGCAACAGACAAGGCUGUUGCAUACUCUUGCUUUCCAUCUUGUUGUCUUUAUUGGGGGAUGGGGGGGGAGGUUCUGUUUAUUUCUUCCUCCUUGCCCAGCAGCUCACGUGCAGGGUGGAGACGCGCUCACUCAUCACGUGCAGGGUGGAGACGCGCUCACUCAUCACGUGCAGGGUGGAGACGCGCCCGCUCGUCACGUGCAGGGUGGAGACGCGCCCACUCAUCACGUGCAGGGUGGAGACGCGCCCGCUCAUCACGUGCAGGGUGGAGACGCGCCCGCUCAUCACGUGCAGGGUGGAGACGCGCCCGCUCAUCACGUGCAGGGUGGAGACGCGCUCAUCACGUGCAGGGUGGAGACGCGCCCACUCACAGCUGCUGCUCGCUCGGCCCUCACGUGUGUGCGGCACAGCUGAGUGCUGCUGAGCGGUAGGCGCCAAGGGGACAGGAUGCCCUCCCCGCUCCUCCUGGUGGGGCUGGCCGAGGAGCAAAACGGGUGGUGAACAGUGUUAGAAAAGAAAGAACAAACCUGUUGUGGGCAUGCUCUUAGUUCUCAGGGUUCCCUAGUGUUAUAGGAAGUAAUGCCCACAGUCAGGCAUGGUGGUGCACGCCUUUAAUCCCGGCAUUCGGGAGGCAGAGGUAGGAGGAUUACCAUGAGUUCGAGGCCAUCCUAAGACUAUAUAGUGAAUUCCAGGUCAGCCUGGACUAGAG